CACAGUCCGUAGAGGAUCCAGUGCCAUUGCGCAAGCGCAACGACGAAGAGCGUCCAAAUCUCCGUCCCGCUCGGCCACUCCCCACCGUCGCGGCGCCCCUUCCUCUUCCCGCCCAUGCGUCACUUCCGUGGACCAAUCUCACAGAAAAUCCACCUUCUGGGCCCCACAAGCAGUGUUGCAAACUGCGAGCACCAAGUCCACUGACAAAACAGCGCCCAUAGAACUUCCCGCCAUUCCCCGAAGGGGGUUUUCUCUUCCUUGCUCGCGUCCUUUCAAAUCCCGCAAACCCUAGUCGACCCGCACAGUGAAGAUCGAAUCCCGAUGCAGGGGAGAGGCGGAAGGCGUGGGAGGGGGAGAGGGAAGCUCGGAGGCGCCGCCGGCGGCGGCGCCGGAAGGCCGCGGGACGAGCGUGCCCCGAUCGAUCCCAGCAGCGAUGAUGAUUUGAAGUCACCUCUGCAAAUUAAGUCACCGAACGGAGAAAUUGCCUGUGGGGAGAGAAGCAUGGCAGAGAUGUUUGAGGCGCGCCUGUGCGAUUCCCCUGAUGAAGUUUCGACGACCAACCUGAAGCGUCUCAGGAAGCAAACUGUGGCUAGCGUCGAUGCAACUGCGGAGGUGAACGUGGUGCAGGUUGCUGAUGCCAAGCUGAGUGACGAUGAAGGUGGUGAGAUGCCUCCAUGCAGGCGGCCCAAACGCUUACGAAGAAACUUACCUGCAAGGCAAGAUUUGAAAAAGAGUCAAGACGAUAUGUUUGUAAACAGCGAUGAUGAUAAGAAGUCCCGCAAGUUGGUUCAACAAAGAAGGUCACAACGCCUUAGAAAGAGAUUUCCAUCAGAAACUUUCAGUGUUGACGUGACUGAAGAUAAGGACACAUUGCAGGGUAGCUCCGACACUGACAAUGAUUAUUCAGCCCCCCAGCGAAGAUCAAAGCGUCUUCAUCGCAGAAUGAAAACUUGCAAGGAUCCAUUCAGUGACAGUGACACUGUAGAUUAUGAUCAGAAGGCAAUUCCAUGCAGAAGAAUUUCGAAGCGCCUGCAAGAGAAACGGAAAGCUGAUCAUGAGUCACAUGAGGGCUGCACUGAAGCUCAGCUGUGUAAGUUGUCGGAGUCUUCAUCCUCCGGAUCAGAUGGUGAGUUAUUGCGCAAUACUUUAAAACCUGGCAAAAACAUUUCUGGUGGACCUAUUUGCUCAAUAUGCAAGAGUGGAACUGGCAGUUUUUCACUAACAAAAUGCCAGAAUUCUAGGUGUUCCUGCAGCUUCCAUGACUUUUGUCUUACUCCUUCGAUUCAAGAUAGUCAAGGCACCUUUGAAUGUGCUUUGUGCAAAACCAAUCAGGCUUCAUUGGCAAAGGGGACAAAAGUUUAUCCCUCAAAAAGGAUCCAGAGGCUUGUAGGUCACAGACGGGUGAUUCUUCAAAAGUCGGAUUUCCAAUAUCAGUUCCUCGUGAAAUGGCAAUUGUUUUCUCAUCAUCAUGACUGUUGGGUUCCACUUGAUUGGCUUCGUGAUUUUGAUAACCUUCGAGUCCAAAGCUAUAUACGGAAGAAUUCCUUGCCUAAGGAUGUCUAUUCGGAGGAUCAAAGGAAACCGGAGUGGUUUGUAAUAGAUCAGGCCAUUGCAUGCCGUCUGAAGUCUAACCCUGAUGGUUUGUGUGACAUAUUGGCUAAUUGUCAGGAUAACAAAGACUUUGAGGGAUAUGAGUUCCUUGUGAAAUGGAAAGGCCUAGAUUAUUGUGAUGCUGCAUGGGAGUCCUAUUUUACUGAAGGCGUGAAAUCAGCUGUUUCUAUGCUAGUCAAAAGACACAGGAAUGCUUUAAAUAGAGUUGAUUGUGUCAAUCAAAUGUGCAUGGAUUCGAUGAUACCAGAAACUGUACACAAUGGUGUUCUGUAUGACUAUCAGCUUCAAGGGUUGAAAUGGAUAUUUGAAAACUACAAAACUAGGAAGAGUGUUAUUCUUGCUGAUGAAAUGGGUCUUGGCAAAACCGUACAAGUUGUUUGCUUUCUCAGCCACAUAAUCAAGGGGAGUUUCACCACAUCUCCUGCAUUGAUCCUUGCUCCCAAGAGCAUCCUAUUGCAAUGGAAAAAGGAAUUUGGCUGCUGGGCGAGUGAUCUGAAUAUCCUUGUUCAUCAAGGAGACAAGGACUCGAGAAAGUGUAUCCAAGCUCAUGAAAUGUACUCUUCUGAAGGGAAGACUUUAUUUGAUGCUGUUGUGACAAGUUAUGAAUUUGUCCAGAUUGAUAAAGCAGUUCUGCAAAAAAUUAAAUGGUCAACGAUUGUCAUUGAUGAGGCCCACAGAUUGAAGAAGCUUGAUUGUAACCUUGCAUCCUGCCUAAAGCGAUAUAGCUCCGAGUUCCGGUUGCUACUUACGGGAACCCCUUUGCAAAAUAACAUGUUGGAACUGUUUUCAUUGCUUCAUUAUAUUGAUCCAGACGAGUUCUCUGACCCAAAAUCUGAUGGAUUGUUCCUACCAAUUGAAUCUGGACGGGAUUUGUCGAUGGAUGAAAAAAUUGCUCGCAUUCAUGAAAUUUUAAAGCCUAGAAUGCUGAGGCGAAUGAAAUCUGAUGUCCUAAAAGAUUCUAUGCCCACAAAGAAGUGGGUAGAAGUUCCAUGUGCACUUACGGAUUCUCAGAGAGACCUCUACAUCAAUAUUUUAGAGAAGAACUACUUGAAGUUGAACAGUGCUAUUCAGAAUGGCAGGAAGCUUUCGCUGAACAACAUACAUAUGGAACUGAGAAAAUGCUGCAAUCACCCGGCCUAGAGAGGCUGGGGUGACAAACACACUCAACGACACAAUUAGUGCACAUCCCAUGACUCAGGAAGCAACACAUGGGUCCACGAGAGCAAUUUUCCCACCCCCAAGGGUGUGUCCCCCCAUCCCCAGAUUGGUUAAAAAUGUGGGCUCAAAACCAUAAAAAAGGAUUCAGCUAAGGGCAAGCUCGUUCCACGCCGGCUGGCAAAUGUUGACUUACACCAAUCUCCAGUGAAUCGUGAUGGGGGACAUGACUUUAGGGGUGGAGUUUACUUUUUGAGCGUCACAUAGCACACAAUGGGGCUCAUUAGGCAGGCUGCGACUGGUGAGGCGGUCCUGCAGUGACUGUGAUCCGCUAACGAGUACUCCCUCCGUCCCAUAUUAAGUGACAUUCUAUUACAUGUAUCUACGCUUUUCAAGCAUACAAACGUUCAUAUUUUGACAAAUUUGAGUCACUUAAUAUGGGACGGAGGAAGUAGAAGAACUUGACCUCGUGGGGUGCCCAGGUCUUCCACGAGUCGCUGCGCAUGGAGCCUUGGAAGGUGGGGAGGAAGCAAGGGAGUGCCGAGUGUAUUUCGCAGAAGUCCACCGCUAUACAAGAGUGUCAGGCUCCUUAGAGAGGCGGGUAUGUCUGAAAGCUAUCCGGAGUGACAAGUACUCCCUCCGUGCCGAAAAAAUUGCCGUGACGGUCGUUUUGCAGAAACGCCCCUGUCUUUUGUUCGAAUCAACCCCCACUACGUCUGUUUAAGUAUCUGCAACUCAUUCGGUCUCCUCCCCUAUCUGCUCGUCUUCUCCCCCACCUCCCCCGCUCGUCUCCUCCCCUGCUUUCUCCCCGGCGAUGCUUCUUGUCUCCCCUGUGCUCCGCCUCUCCUCUCUGCUCGCCUCAGCCGUGCCACCUCUCGCCGUCGUUGCGGUCCUCCACCUCCCCUCUGCUGCGCUCCCCUCGCGGCCGGCGACAAAGGUGGCUUCUUCUCGAUGAAGAAACCUUCUCCUUUUGUGACGAGAAGGGAGUCUCGCCGGAUCCGGUGGCUGCAAGGCCGGAUCCGGUGGUCUCUAGCCCGGAUCCGGUGGCUUCCGGCGCUUGGCGGCCGCGCGACGAGGAGGAGGCAGCGGCAGCCAGACGACAACGACGAGCAGCGGCGGCGAUGAGGAGGAGGCAGCGCGACGAGGACGACGAGCAGCGGCGGCGGCGAGGAGGAGAAGCGGCGACGAGGAGGACGAGAAGCGGCGGUGACGAGGAUGAGCAACGGCGGCGACGAGGAGGAGCUGCGGCGGCGCGAGGACGAUGAGUGGUGGCGGCGACGAGGAGGAGCAGCAGCGGCGUCGUUUAUCAGUUGACCUGUAAUUAUUGUGAUUUUGAGGACUUUUUUUUAAAAUGGUUUUUGUGAAGUGGCCGCGCUAAUCUUUUCGGCACGGAGGGAGUACUUGAGAAGCGCCUGACUGCGCAGGUCAGCCUGGAUGUCGGAGGUCCAGCCGUGGUUCAGGAGCCUGCCAGUGACGGUCCUGGCUUUGCCUGUGAUUGCAGACCAAUGCGUGGACAGAAGGCGCAAGCUCGGAGGCGGAGUGGCUGUUGAUCCAUCUAUUGUCCCAAAACUUGGCCGUUGCACCUUUCCCGACCAUCGUUAGGGUGGGGGUGAAGAACAGGGAAUGCUCCUUGUUGCUGAAGCCAAGGGCAAGGCCAUGCCAAUUCUUUGAUGUGUCCGUGUGAGCAAGCCAAAGCCAACGCAGCCGAAAUGCCAGGCCCGUUCACAUGUGGUCCUGUUUGCCGAGGUCAACAUAAGCACCCCCUUUGCCGAACUCUUGUUCACUUGAACCAAGUCUCUUUCUGGUUGUAAAUUUAUGGGGUUGUGUUAUCUGGCCAUCAUUUAACACUUUGACAGUAAUUUGUGUGGUCUCCUAUUGACCCCGGUGUUUUUUUUA